AUUCCUUUUUGGAUUGUAAAGAAGUUAAAGAAUAUCUUAUGCCGGCUGUGUUUGCUUACCUUAGGUCUAGGCCAUGGAAAACAAACAAAAACCCUCAACGAUUAAACACCCCCCUUAUAUACUAAAAUCCCCAUAAUCUCUUUUAUCUCACCCCAAUUGAUCCCUCUUCCAUAUUUUCUGGUAUAUCCGAUACACCGAAUAAUCUCUUGUAUAAGAAAUGGGAAAUUGUGUGUUUAAAGGGUUUGAAGAGGCAGAAGAGAUGGUGAAAGUGGUGACAUCCAGUGGGGGAAUCAUGGAGCUCUUUGCCCCCAUCACAGCUAACUCCAUAACCAAUGAGUUCCCAGGCCAUGCCAUCUUCCGCAGCCCUGACCUCUUCGCCCAACCUCUUCUCCACAACGAAGAGCUUCAUCCCAGAGAGCCUUACUAUCUCCUACCUCUCAACCCCUACAAAACCCCAAAGAAUCAUGAUAUUAAUGCAAACCCUAACGGCGCCGUUUGUACACCGUAUCGCAUGACGUGUGACAGCCAAGGCAAGAGAGCGGCAGACCCUGAAGUUUUUCCGAGGUACAAUAGUAGUGGGGUUUGGAAGGUGAAGCUGGUGAUAAGUCCAGAGCAGCUUUCUGAGAUUUUGUCGCAGGAGGCUCGCACUGAGGCUUUGAUUGAAAGCGUGAGGACGGUGGCCAAGUGCGGCACCGGAGGGAACUCGUCGGUGGCAAGUUCCGAUCAGUGGAGUGUGUCUAGUAGUUGGAAGGAGUUGUCAUCGUGAAAGUUAAAGUCUGGAAUGGUCAUGUAGAGAGGUAGAUGUAUGUGUAAUAUGUAACUUAAAUUCGUUUCUGUGAUGAGAUAAAUUACUCUUUUCUGUGUUUCAAUAUUUGGGUUGUAUUUCUUUUUAGAUUUAUUAUAAGGACCAUGCCCCAUAUUUCCUUUGCA